CAACCAAGCAUAGCCGAGAGACUAUUUUUUUUUUCUCUUUCUUCACAUCUUACAAGGAGCGAAAGGCUUCCCAGCAAACUCCCCCAUCGAUCCAGUAUGCGGCGCCUAUUGCUCAUCAUAACCCUCUGGGCGGCCUCUUGUCUGGCAGCACCAGCAGGCCAGACCCCGAAAGCCAUAUCGCCCGAUUCGCAACACCUGGCAUCCAGGGGCACCAACCCCAAAUCUCACGUCGGGACCCUCGAUGCACGGCACGCAUCGUCUCCUGACAGCGCCCCCAAGGUCGACCCGGCGGAUCUCCCGAGGGCGGCAUCGUCCCGGCGAGUUCCACGUUGGACACCCGAGGACUGGCCCCCGAAACCGUCCUGGGCUUGGAGACGGGGUAGCACCGCCCUUCCCAGACGACAAGUUCCUCCGUCCAGAUGUUUUGCUAUGUGGCCUCGGACUACCGAGAACGAGGAGGACGAGGCCACGCCUGAUUGUCGCAACACGUUGUCGGGUCGAGACGUAAACUUGGAGCCCGGGUUGCCGAACGAACAAUUCGACGACACUUCUCCAGUACGACGUCUCGACUCGCGCGGCACCAACCCCAAGGCGGCCGCACCCAACUCCCACCUCGUGUUGCCUCGCGACACCAAUCCCAAGAGGUCGCCGGCCACCUCCCUCGCCGCAUCGGCCACGGGAAGCGAUCGCAAGUCCAAGUCACACACCACGCUACCCCUCGUCGACGAGUCGUCGUCCCCAGAGUUCACAUCACCGCAGGGGUCCGAUCUCGAACUCGCGUCGCCCGAGUCCGAUGUCCUCUUCUCACGAGGCACCACCCAUGGCGCCCGACCCGAACCGCCCGAACAACCGAUGGACAGCGACGCCGCGGCAUCUCUCCUCCGCGCACGAGACACCAACCCCGAGGCGUCUUCAUCACCCAACUCCCAUCUCCUGUCGUCUCGCGAUACCGACCCCGAAACGGCAUCGGCCAGCUCCCCAGCCAUGUCGGCCCGGGGCACCGAGCCCAAGCCCAAGCCCAAGUUCCCCGGGGCGGUGUAUUUCAAAGGCGGCAUUGCAGGAAUCAAGAGAUCGCAGCGGGUCAAGAACGAAAAGGAUGGUCCCACGUCCCUGGUCUGGCAUGGGCGUUACUCAGCCUGACACCACAUACUUGUAGGCCGCAUCUUAUAGAUGCACACCUGCGCUCACUUCGUUAUGCGGGUACGGCAUGGUGGCCAACUACUAGGUAGUGCAGCUCACCUACAAAGCUCGACAACGUACAGUGCGCCCAUGUCUGAAAGCCAACCGUCGGUUAUGGGUUUCCACAUGUUUACAAGGUUUGGGAGUGCUUCUUAAGAACGUCCAGUCAUGGUAGACCCUGACUAGUACGUGCGGAACGAUGGUGUCCUCUUCUGUCAAGUACAACGGCGGGUCAGACGGCACAUGAGCAUGCUUGGGGGGAAGGCUGCCCCUUGCCAACUUGGGCGUGGGGCAAUACACUAUGCGAUAGCUGAAUCACGAG